AUGUCUGACGAACAGGAGCUUUGUACUUCAACUCUCUAUAAAGACAAUAAAGAUUGGUCCGAUAUUGUGCCAAUAUAUCCAUCAGAAGAUGAAGAUCGUGCAGUGAAAAUUGCAGUUACGGAAGAUUUCAUCGACGCGUUUGCCUAUUUUCGCGCCAUCCUCAAGAAAAAAGAAUUCUCUAAUCGUGUGCUGAUUUUGCUUGAAGAUUGCAUUCGCCUCAAUCCGGCUAAUUAUACUGUUUGGCAGUAUCGUCGCGAAACAUUGAAAGCACUCAAUUCCGAUUUGAAGAAGGAAAUCAAGUAUUUGGAUACGAUAAUCGAAGAAACUCCAAAAAAUUAUCAAGUUUGGCAUCACCGUCGGCUCAUUGUUGAGCAGAUUGGUGCCAGUAUGCUUGAUUAUGAACUCGAUUUCACUGGAGAUAUUUUGAAUGACGAAAACAAAAAUUAUCAUGCGUGGCAACAUCGGCAAUGGGUUGUGCGCACGUUUAAAUCACCAUUGGAUCGUGAGCUAUCAUUUGCACUUCGACUUCUUCUCGAAGACCCACGAAAUAAUUCAGCCUACAAUUAUCGCUAUUUUCUAUUGACGCUCUACAAGAAAACCGAGGAUAGGGAAACGAUUGAUUCAGAAAUCAGUCUUGCGAAAAAAUUUAUCGAAGGAAUGCCAAAUAAUGAAAGUGUCUGGAAUUAUCUAGCUGGCCUUUUGCUCGAAAAUGGAAUCUCGUCGAACCAAAAUAUAGUCAACUUUGUUGAGGAUUUGUACGAAAGAACCGAAGGGCAAGAAAGAUCGCCGAUGAUGGUUUCGUUUAUCGCUGAUAUUAUGUUGGAGAAUAUUGAGAAACGGGUGAAUUGUGAACAAUCUGCGGAACGCGCUAAGAAGCUCUACAAUGAGCUCAUCGAGUUGGAUCCGGUUCGAGUGAAUUAUUGGAAACACCAAAUUCAUAUUGUUGAUUUUCUUGUUGACCAAUGCGACAAACCAGUAUGGUCGUGGAUAAUGGAAGGUCUUUUCGAAAUGCACAGAAUUCUAAGAGAUGUAUAUCCAAAUGGGGACCCUCUCAUUCGUUUCGCCGUCUCCGAUUAUGUCUCGAGAAUGCUUGAUUCGGCUUGGCCGGAAAGAGGCUACGACAGACAUGAGAUGUUGAAAGUUCUUGGCAACGUUGAGCCGCCGGUGGAGACGAACACUGAGAUAAACCAAUUGGGCGGUUUGACAAUGGCGAUCAACGCGUUGGCGGAUCCGAAAGUGAAGGCGGCGCCGCAGGAAAAUGAGGAAGCCACGUGCGAUGUUGAAUCGUCGGAAAUUGAUCGUUUCAUCGACGAGAUUAAACGUGUGGAGAAGCCGAAUAAAAUUGACACCGUCGGAAAUAUUAUCAUGUUCACAAGAUUUGAAAACGAUGGCGAUAUUACGAAACUCAAAAAUGAAGUGGCCAAUUUGCUACGAAUGCAUAAUGAAAUGACAACGGCGGCGACGUCUCAAACACUUUUGCCCAUCACCGACCUUCGACUUUUCAUCGUUAAUUUGUACACUGGAAAUUCUUGCAAUGUGUCCACAUCGCCAUUAGUGAUUUAUCCGCCAUAUCCACAAAUGAGAACGUGGGUGAUUUCGCGAAAUGCGUCGCAGUAUUUGCAAGUGUUUCGAUCGAUCACACUUCACGCAUUUCAUCUCGCCUCAACGACAGUAUCGAAAAUUCCGAUGAAGGAGGAGAUCAAAGGGACCUCGACAUCUUCGAACUAUGAUGUUGAGCUGUUCCAUCCGAGAGCUGCUCUCAAUAUUCUGAAACGUCUGAAAAUUUGCGGACUUGUGAAUUCACGAGCAACUUCUGAUGAGGGUGUCACGUAUGAGACGAAUCGUUUAGCAUGGGCGACAGCGCCGAAGAGUAAAUGGUCGUUGUUUCCCUAUCAACGAGCCGCAUUUCCGUGCACACCUUCGGAAUCGAGUAGUCGGCCAGCGACGUGUUUGACGCAAUUUGUAAUGGAUGGACGAUGUGUGCUUCUCGACUUGGAGAGAAAAGGUGCCGCUUCGAAAUUGCGCACAAACGUUGGCGGAAAAUACUUGGUGUCGCAUUUGCUGAUCGCCAAACAUGGACGGAUUUAUCUGCAUACGGUUGACAUUGCGCCGAGACGUGUUAACAAAAAUCUCGCGUUGCAUUUGUCUAAAAUGACGCCAAUCAGACCGCCGGCCAUCAAGCCAAAUACGGCACAAUUCAAGCACGUCAUGGAGCAGUUGAAGUUGAAAAAACCCGAAAUCGAUAUGAUCAAAGGCAAAAAUUUCAAUGAGGAGAAUUUCAAAGCAUUCCGAAAGCUUCGAAUGGGUGAAGCUCGCGAGAAGAUGCUUCGCUUGAUGAGACACAUUCCGCUCUAUGCGAAAGACACGUUUGUGUUUCAUCCGCAGGUGAUGAAGAAUUUUGAGCCGCUGGCGACAUUGAUCACCAAGAAGACGCUUGACGAUGCGGAUGUUGAGAAUUGUGCAGCGACAAUUAUGAAAGUUCGACAGAAGAGAGACCAAAUGGUGCCGUUUUGCUCGCCAAAAGCCGAUAUUGAGACGACGUUGGUCAAAAAUAUGUCGGAUGCAUCCGAGCAGGCGAGAAUUGCGAUUGUCGAGUUUGCGAGACUUCUGUCGUUGUAUCGAAAAAAUUCCGAAAAACAUGAAAAGAUUUACCGAGAUUAUGAUGAAGCUUUGGGUGUGUCGAAAAUGCUCAAUUUGGAUGUCGAAGACAUUAUUCCAAACGACACGAAUAUCGAAACAUUUCCGUGUUUAUUCCUGAAAACCGAUUCGACCACACUGCGACGAAUGUUGUCCGAUGAGAACUUGGAAGAUGGCGAAGUCGUUUCGCCGAAACGGGUCAAGCUGUUCGCGUUGAACAAGAGCCAGGAGCCGAGAGAAUGGAUACCGAUCGAGAUCGACGUAAUGGAAUUGAUAUGCAACAAUGUUGAAGAGCACGUCAAAAAGACGAGACGUGAUUUUGCGGCGAGAGAGAAUUUUGGGGACGAUGUGGUAUUGUAUCCGAACCUCAACGCGUCACAACCGGAAGCGGCGAUGGCCGAUGAGAGAGCGAAACAUGAGCGCGGUGGUAGUGGAACGCCGCCGAGAACGGCAACAAAUAAUCGAUAUUGA